CUCUACUAAAUAUUUUAACGUUAAUUGUAAAUAUUUCGAAACGGAAAAAGGAAAAUUCAAGGAAAAAUUAGCGGGGAAGAGAUGUGUGCUAGUGAACUGCCAACUGGAAAAUUAAAACUCCUUUCAUACCGAUAAUCCUAUUCCACCGUCAUCUGCUCACUACCGACACUUUUUCUACGUUUUUUUUUUCUCUCUCUCUGUCUCUCCGUUUCCCCCAAUUCUCGUCGGAUGUUCUAACCCUAACAUUCUCACCAAAAUAUUGUAGAUCUCUAUUAAUCAUAUCAUUACUCUUUCUUUAUGCACACUACUAAAUAAUUUUCAACAAAUCAUCCUAUUUUUUUUUCCAAUUUUGUUGGAGAAAAAGUGGUGAACAAUGGUGUCUUCUAGUCCUGCUACUCCUGGCCAGCUUCGGAUCUGCAGUUUCUUUGCUUCCCAUUGAAGGGUUAUGCUCCAAUAAUGAUGAUAUUAUGACUGGUGAUAAGUCAAAUUAAGGGUGAAUCUUGUGUAGUAAAUUGUAAAACAAUUGUGGGUUUUUUUGUCAAUACUGAGAAAUUGCUCAUAAGUGAAUUGAGUGUUGUUCUGAGAUUAGGGUUAGAUUAGUUAUUGGUGGUGUUGCAAUGGAGAAUGAUAGUACUAUAAAAAAUGGGUUAUUUGAAACUGAUCUUGAAAUGGGUGGAUGUUGUAAUAACCUAGAAUUAAGUGGGGGUGAAGAAAUUGGAAAUUAUAGAAUGAAGCAAUUAUGCACUGAGAGUCGUAGUGAUGAGGGGAUUAAGUUUGAGGGGAGGGUAACUUCGUCGGUGGCUAUGACUUGUGGGGAUGAUUUAAAGGAUGUGAAAUUGAUGGUAUUAGAGAAGAAGGUAGUGGAAGUUGAAGUACCUGCGAAGAAGGUAGUUAAGGAGAGGCCGAGGGCAAUGAGUGCUAAGAAACCCCCAAAACACCCUCGCCCGCCUAGAGGUUUGUCAUUGGAUUCAGCUGAUCAAAAGUUGAUAAGAGAACUUCAUGAACUUGCUAAGUUGAAGCGUGCUAGAGUUGAGCGUAUGAAAGCUUUGAAGAAGGCGAAAGAAGCUAAGGUUUCUUCUUCAAAAAAUCAGUUAUUUGCAACUUUGCUCACUGUUUUGUUCUGCCUAGUUCUGCUACUUCAAGGGAUAUCAUCUAGGACUAGCCCUGUUGCAAGUAUCCAAGGAUAUCCUAUCCCAACUGCAGUUCCAUACAGCAUAAUUUCCAUUCAGCACGAUCUGAUUUCAUCUGCAAGCUAUGUUAAUAAACCCGGUUCUAAAUCACCCAGAUUAGUGGAACAAUCAAUUGGUACAGAAGAACGGGAAAGUAGAGUUGUAGGCUGAGUACAGGGAUUCAGUCCAGACUUUGGUGCGUCGUGUUAUUCUUCCGCUGCUGAAGUCUGUGUAAAGAUUUGAUUAAUAAUAUCAAAAUGUGGGACCUGUUUGUUUUUGAGAUGUACAUAGGUUGUGUCAUGAUCAUAAGUUACAUGUUCCAUAGCUUCGGGGAGGAUUGGAGCAUCUCAGUGAUGAAUCGACUUAUGUUCAUCAUGUAUACUGUAUAGUGACGUUUUAGCGUUGGGAGUACAUAUGCUUAUCCUCUUUGACCAGGUUGCUAGUGAAAAAAAUGGAGUAGUCAGUUUUGUCUAUUCUUGGUAGGAUUCAUAUGAGGUUCUUUUGAGAGAUGUACAAUGAUCUUUGCUUUACUCAAACUUCAGAUUCCAGAUUUGAUGACAUAAA